AACAUGCAUGCCAUGCCACCCGCAGCCGAACCAUCAUCUGUAGAGUUUGUUGAUCAGUCUGUUUAGCUAGGUAGGUACCUGACCCGGAGGUAGGUGAAUUGGUUCGGUAGGUACGCAUGUGUGGCUGUGAAAGUUGUCUUUGUCUCAUUUAUAAGUACAACAUGUUCCCCUAACUUUAUUCGGUGCUUUAUAUGUUUCUUUCUUUUUUUUUUUUUUUCGAUCAUCAACCCCCAGGAUACCCAACACCUUUGAUACCCAAUACGUUUUGAUACCCGGCUGAGUGCUCAACACUCGCCAUUUGUACACUUAUUAUUCUUCGAUACCUUCUUUCAGCCCCUUUCCAUCACCACAACCUUCAAAAUGUCCUACCGUGUUGCCGCCCCCGAUGAGUACCUUGCCAUUACUGGCAUGGGAAUCAAGAGCAUUCGCAUCACCAAGGCAUCAUGGGUCCUCCCUUUCCAACGCUGCAUGCGCUUCAGCGUGCAGCCACACGACUAUGCAAUGAAUCUGCAAGCCAUGACUAGGGAGAAGCUGCUCUUCCAGCUUCCGGUAGUCUUCACCAUCGGUCCAGACAUCAACCAGCGCGGUGCAAACUCCAAGGGUCAGCCCGUACACGAGCCGGAGCACGAAGGCGACGAGGAUGCGCGGGAGGACCGGGGCGAUGCGCUGAUGAAGUACGCCAUGCUGCUGGCCGACGGGGCCAACGAGGGCAAGAAGAGCUCCGGGUCGCAGCAGUUCCUCGAAAACAUCGUCAAGGGCAUCAUCGAGGGCGAGACGCGAGUUUUGGUGUCGAGCAUGACCAUGGAGGAGAUCUUUACCGAGCGCGAGGUGUUCAAGCGCCGCAUCUUCAAGAACAUACGCGGCGAGCUGGCCCAGUUCGGCCUCAAGAUCUACAACUCCAACGUCAAGGAGCUCAAGGACGCGCCCAACUCGUCCUACUUUGAGUCGCUGUCCCGCAAGGCCCACGAGGGCGCCACCAACCAGGCCAGGAUCGACGUGGCCGAGGCGCAGCUGCGCGGAAACGUCGGCGAGGCCCAGCGCAAGGGCGAGGAGCAGCGUGAGAUUGCAAAGAUCAACGCCGAGACCGCGGUCCAAAAGGUGGACAGAGACAUUGAGCGCGCCCAGGCCGAGUCCAACCUCGCCACGCGAAAGACGCUCCUCAACCGAGACGUCGAGAUCGCCCGCAUCGAGGCCACGCGCAAGACCGAGGCCAAGGACGAGGACCUCAAGAAGGAGGUGCAGGUCAAGAAGGCGGCGGCCGAGAUGGAGAGGCUGCGCGCCACCGACGUCGUCAAGGCCACCAUCGAGCGCGAGUCGGCCCAGCAGAGCGCAGAUGCAAAGGCCUACGCCGUCCAGGCCGAGGCCCGUGCCGACUACGACCGGACCAGGCUCGACGCCGACGCCGAGAGCUACGCCGCCGUCAAGCGCGCCGAGGCCGAGCUGACCAGGCGCACCAAGGAGGCAGAGGCCAUGAUGGCCAUGGCCGAGGCCUACGGGCAAAUGUCAAAGGCCUUCGGUGGGCCGCAGGGCCUGCUCGCCUACCUCAUGAUCGAGAAGGGCACGUACGUCGAGCUGGCAAAGGCCAACGCCGAGGCCGUGCAGGGUCUGCAGCCCAAGAUCAGCGUGUGGAACACGGGCGCGGCCGAGGGAGGUUCGAGCCAGGGCCAGGGUGGCAUCGAGGCCAUGCGUAACGUCUACCAGAUGCUACCGCCGCUGAUGACCACCAUCAACGAGCAGACUGGCAUCACGCUGCCCGAGUGGCAGUUUGGACGCAUGAACAACGACAUGGCUGCAGUUGAGCGCGAGAAGGCUAUUGCCACCAACGGCAAGCGCCACGCCGACAGCAACGGAGCGUGAUUGUUAACAGACUGAGGAGGUUUAUUCUCCACACCCCCUUAACGCUUUUCUUUUUUCCUUUGUUGUUUAUUAUACCCUUUGUAUGAUAUGCAGUAGCUUAUGAGCUCGCAUCUUGGUGUUGGGGAGUUUGCUUGAGAUGCACUUUGGUGCCUGAUGAGUUUAUGAUGCUUUCUUGUUGAAAGCAGCUGCUUUCCUAUGUCUUGACUACAGCUACUUAUCUAUAGAACUAAUCGAAAAUUGAUAUUGAAUAAAGAAA